CCAGGUCAGGUGAAAGAGCCACUCCAACGUUACAAUAAAAGAAAAGGCUGAUGUUACAUGGUCCCCUUUAUAUACGCUCACUGUAGCACGCAGUAGCGCACGAUAUACUCCCGAACCUUCCCGAGUUACUUUCGGCUUUUUCCGUAAAAAGCCGAGAGAGACCCGAACUGGUGCCGAGUCGCGUUUUCUUAUUCACUGUAGAGCAAAGAACCUGUGCAUUAUGUCCAUCUUUUACACUUUUCCUCAGUUUAUUUGUGACUCUUUGCUGUUAAAGACCAUGGCGCGUUUCCUUACACCGAUUUGCGAACCAUAAUAGUUACAACCAUGAUAGUUGGAUAUUUUGCCUUUAAAAAAAAACACAAUCCAAGGCAGUAUGUGGCGUCUAUGUGUUUUAAAUAGGGCGCCUGUUUGCGCCGUGUAGCCUCCACAUCCACACACAGGAGGAGGAGGAUGAGUGCACUGGGCGAAAGGACAACGAUCAUAGCGCUGGAGACGCGGAGAUGCUUAACUCGCCAGACAGAUUAAAUCCCUUUCAAGACGAGCUGUGUGGAUGUCGCUGUGGCGGAGGAAAACGGUUUCAGCUCCGGUUAAAAUUUCGGGAAGAAAAUGAAGACUGUGAGGAAGCAUCAUCUUGAGCUUGAAUGCUAUUAGGGAGCGCCGAGGCAUUAUGAACACAGUGCUGCGUACCUCAACAUGACAGUGCCGCGUAUCACGGGAUUUUACAUUAGGCUACCAUAAAAACGAAAUAUAACAGUCUGGCAGUGCCUAUGUAUUUAUUUUAUUCUACCACAGUGCGAUGGGAAUAUCCGGCUGAGGCUUAGGCUAGCGUUUAUGGAAAACCCGAAGACAUGACAUGCACACGAAAAAAAAGGAAACGACAUUUUUUGCUUUUUAAAUCCCGUGUUUACAUAAGCUAACGAGCCGCUGGCUAAACAACGGGGCUUGCUGUUCGACACGAACCCGGUUUUUGCGUUAUUUCCCCCUCAGACGUAACCAUUUUGUUUAUUAAUUCGUUUUUCCCCCAUCCAUCUGAUAUAUUUUUCCGGUUCUGUUACGGGUUAAUGAGUUGACAGUCGAUACUGGACCGCAGGUUUGGAUUCAUGAUUGAUUCUCUGAGCGAGGGGUGUCAUUUGGAAAAGAACAAUUUUUGCAUCUUUUGUGUGUUUUUGGUUCUUGACAACUGCAACAAGCUCCCGUUCAGGCCUGCUGUCCAAGCCAAAGCCAUUGUGUUGAGGACAAACUGGAGAUUUCCAGGUGUUGUGAAGGGUCAGGAGGGGAGACAUUUUUGAAAGGGAGCUCCAAAGAGAACUGUACAAAAUGAGGCUAUGCAGAACCAGCUUCUCCUGUUCCAUGUGAGACAACAAAUAGAGGCAACCACGUGGACGAAAAACAGCUCAACCGGAGGAGGUGGAGGAGGAGGUGGUGGUGGAGGAGGUGACAGUAAAGGAGGUGUUGGUUCUACAGGAGAAGACGAAGCUCUACCAUCAGAGCAGCAAGAGGUAUGGCCAACGGAAAUGAGAGUAGUGAUGGGUCCCACAACCCCCUGGCAGCAGUUGUGGCUACAACGGGUGGCACAGUGAAUGGAGGGCCUUCAUCAGCAGUGUCUACCUACAUCAAGCUUGUCCUGCUAGGGCUGAUCAUAUGCAUCAGUCUAGUGGGCAACCUGGUGGUAUCUUUGCUAGUGUUAAGGGACAGAGCCCUACACAAGGCCCCAUACUAUUUCUUGUUGGAUCUUUGCUUGGCUGACACAAUUCGGUCAGCAGUCUGCUUCCCAUUUGUACUAGUGUCCAUCAAGAAUGGCUCAACCUGGACCUACAGUGUACUCAGCUGCAAGGUGGUGGCUUUCAUGGCUGUGUUGUUCUGCUUCCAUGCAGCCUUCAUGCUGUUCUGCAUUAGUGUCACACGGUAUAUGGCCAUUGCCCACCAUCGGUUCUACUCUAAGCGCAUGACCUUCUGGACGUGCGUUGCUGUGGUGUGUAUGGUCUGGACACUGUCAGUUGCUAUGGCCUUUCCACCUGUAUUUGAUGUGGGCACCUAUAAAUUCAUCCGUGAAGAAGAUCAGUGCAUUUUUGAGCACCGUUACUUUAAGGCCAAUGAUACACUGGGAUUCAUGCUUAUGCUGGCCGUGCUUAUCCUAGCCACUCACGUGGUCUACAUGAAGCUCUUGCUCUUCGAGUACAAGCACCGCAAGAUGAAGCCCGUCCAGAUGGUACCCGCCAUCAGCCAAAACUGGACCUUUCAUGGGCCUGGAGCCACAGGCCAGGCAGCCGCCAAUUGGAUUGCAGGUUUCGGCCGGGGCCCAAUGCCACCUACCCUGUUGGGUAUCAGGCAGAACUUGCACAACCAGAACCGAAGGCUGCUAGGCAUGGAGGAAUUCAAGGCAGAGAAGCAGCUUGGCAGGAUGUUUUACGUAAUCACCCUGUUUUUUCUGGUGCUGUGGUCACCAUAUAUUGUGGCCUGUUACUGGCGGGUUUUUGUGAAAGCAUGUACCAUCCCACACCGGUACCUCUCCACUACGGUGUGGAUGAGUUUUGCCCAAGCGGGGGUGAACCCCAUUAUCUGCUUUUUCCUUAACAAGGACCUCAAAAAGGGUCUGCUGGCCCAUUUGCCUCCCUGUUGUAGAACUAAACCUCAACUACCCCGUGAGCCUUACUGUGUCAUGUAAAGACAAGUGUUUAUUUAUUUCUGUUAUAAUUUCCUUUGUUUCUCUUUGGGUGGGUCACAAUUGGACAGUUAAUAUGGUUUAAAAGUUAUUUGAAGAUGGAGGCAUGAGGGAUGGUUUCUUUUGUUGUAAGGUUAGGGAGGUCAUGGGGGAAAACAUCUGCUGUCAUCUAAAUGCUAUGUAUUCUUUUUCUUGCUAUUAAGGGAAAUGGUUCAGGGCUAAAAUGAGAGGCACUAAAUCAAAUACAAAUGUGUUUUGAGAAACAGUGCUAUUUAAUACAGCCUUGACCAUGCUAUCGUUCAAAAGACAAAAAUUUUUUCAUAAAAUACCAGUGUUGGUAAUGAGUGUGUGAGGGUCAGAAAAUGGAUUGAUCUGUGAAAAUAAUUAAACUUGACAUUAACAUUACUUCACUAAUUCACUGAUCAUGUACCAUUAAUCUUCAAAGUUCACUUUGGCAUAGUAAUUUCUAUUUGAAAUUAUAACUGCUAAAAAAUGCAUAUAUUACAGUAAUAAAAAAAAAGCAUGUAUUCUUAAAUUUUAAAGUGCCAAAGGCCAACAAACACAUGAGAGUUUGAAAUGCAAAUUUGGUAUGUUAUUGCAAGUUUUGAACACGAGUUAGUGUAUAGAACAGAACUAUACUAUACUUGAAAACAAGUUAGAGUUUAAUCUUUGAAGGUUUAUCCAAUAGUCUGUAAUCACAUUUGCACUCGCUCUCAUCUUUCAUGACCUACCAUGUUUGUCUCCCUGCCAUAUUUAUAAAUUACUUUCCACUGAUGAAAGUUCUUUAAAGCUGAAAAUGAGUCCCCAUAUGAUGUGGUUGCACAAUCCAUGAGUCAUCCGUUGAUAUCAAAACAGAAACCUUAAAACUGCAAAGUCUAUAUAACACAACUCACCAUUUUUGAAAGCAUUUAAAAUUUUUGCCUGAUUUUGAUGUUCUAGAAAAAAAUCCCCUAAUUGGAUGAAUGUACUAAAAGUACUGAAACUGAGAUGUUACUGAAUUGAAUCAGUCUUUUUGGUUGAUCCUACAUGACGUUUAAGAGUACAAAAUUACCAGUUACUUGAAUCCAAUUUGAAGUCAUAUCACUGAGUGCAUAACAGUUUUCUAUAGGUAAAAAGAAAUAUGUAUACCUAUAGUUCACAUACAUUAUUAAAUUCAGUGAUAUUCUAUUAUAAAAAAUAAUGUUAAGAGUGACAUCCAAGAAGACCACGAGUUAG